AUACUCCGAGAGAAGAAAAUCUAAGUGGAGUAAUUGAUUGCUUAUUUAAGCGAUGCUAUAGUGUUUGCGGAUUACGAAGUCCAGAUUAUGUGAUCGAUUGAUCUUUGUUGUUAUUGUUUUUUUUUGUUUUGGAUUGUGAUUUCGCUUGCGAAAUCUAAUCACGUGUGCUUUGAGCUCGGGAUGAAUUGUAACGAGAACGUGGACUUUACGUACCACCAGCCAGCGCCAUCUGAAUGCUGGUACGGUCAUAAUGAUGAUUUCCAUGCUAACGAAGUUUAUGGCGACCAUCGUCAGCAGCAGCAACAUCAGGAAUUCGUGUACACGGCGGCGAGACCCAUGGGUCCCGUCGCCGCCAGCCUCAGCCUCCCAUGCCAGUCUUAUACAAACUGGGAUUAUGAUAAACAGUGUUACAACUACUACGCCGAGGGAUGUUACACUUCUUGUCAAUUUGUAACUGUUGUCGAUAUGGAAGACUUCAUGAAUAAUGAGAAGCGAAAGGAGAAAUGUCGCGACGCCGCUCGUUGCCGCCGGUCACGAGAGACAGAGAUAUUCACGGAUCUAUCGAAUGCGUUGCCCUUGUCCGAAGAUAAGGUCUCGCAGCUGGACAAAGCUUCCGUGAUGCGGCUCGCUAUAGCCUAUCUCAAAGUCAGGGACAUGAUCAAAUUAGUACCGGAACCUAAGAUGGUAAAGGACGAGACUGAGGCAUCCUGUUCCGAGGAAUCGCUCGUUCUCAAAUCGCUGGACGGAUUCGCAGUCGCCCUAUCCGACGAAGGCGACUUCAUCUACGUAUCCGAAAACGUAUACUCUUUCCUAGGCAUCUCGCAAGUCGAUCUGAUGGGACAAAAUGUAUACGACUAUUGCCACCCGUGCGAUCACGACGAAAUCAAAGACAUUUUGUCGGCGAAAUCGCAGCAGGUCGGCGAAACAUCAAAGUCGUUCUUCCUACGUCUCAAGUGUACCCUCACCAGCAAAGGAAGAUCAGUCAACCUCAAAUCCGCCACAUACAAAGUAAUACAUUUUACUGGGCACAUGCUUCAAGAAGUGGAUGAUAGCAAGGAAUCGGCAGAAGGAUGUAGUAGUAGUAACAGCAGCAACAAUACCACAGCGAAUGAUGGCAGCUUCAAGAAAUGUCUUGUGGCUAUCGGGCAGCCGAUUCAGCAUCCUUCGAAUAUCGAAGCACCGCUCCCCAGUCAAACUUUUCUCACCAAACAUAAUAUGAACAUGACAUUCACGUAUGCCGAUGAAAAAAUGUUAGAAUUCCUGGGAUACAACCCCGAGGACCUCAUCGGGAAAUCGAUUUAUUCGUAUUCUCAUGCAUUGGAUUCUGAAGUCAUCACAUCGGCCUACAAAUGCUUAUUUUCUAAAGGACAAACUGAGACCAGCAGAUACAGAUUCCUUGCCAAGACCGGAGGUUAUGCCUGGGUUUUAACUCAGGCCACGCUUAUCUACGACAAAAACCAGAAACCACAGAGUGUCGUCUGCGUGAAUUAUGUUAUAAGUGAGAUUGAGUGCAAAGAUGAAAUAUAUGCAGAGUUCCAAUUGGCUAGCGCCAGCAUUGCAUCUACCCCUGAACCACCAACUGAUGUAAAGACGGAGACUACUAUAUCCGUGCCACAGAACAUCAACGACAUCGUCGAUACAGCCGAAUUGGUAGUUCCAGAAGUUAUAGAGGAAGAGCAACAAACUUUACCUUCGUCCAACACUGAAAAACCGGAAUCUACCACCGAGAGGCUUUUCCAUAAUAUAGGAAACUACCUGGAAGAGAUUAGAGGUUCGUCACAAUCGCCCAGGCCACUGACGGCCACUUCCAAAAUAUUCGCUCCCAGAACGAAGGAGAUGAGCAAAGGAUAUAUCACAUUUUCGGAUGAGGAACCGGGCAUCACCAUGUUGAAAGACGAGCCUGAAGAUUUAACAUAUUUAGCGCCAGAGGCUGGUGAGGUGGUGAGUUUAGGUGAUCGUCUCUUCAGUGAGACUUUCUUGAACCUGGUGAACAUGAAAGACUCGAAGGACGAUAACACUGAACAAAUCGGCUCAAUGCCGUCCGAAGACACAAAUCUGUUUGACGGCUUUUUCGAUUCGUACUCCGCUAUCAUAGGGGAUCCGUUCAUAUACAAGAACGAAGGGUUAUCGCAACUCUUGUCGCCAGAUCGCAUCGUCAAGAGUUCGGAUUGCAGUAUGCAGUCCUUAAACAGCCCAACGGACUCGUUCAGUGACGAAGACCAGAUGUCAUCGUUCGUGACUUUGAUGGAGGAGGACAUGGAUAUGAAGGCUCCGUAUAUACCCAUGACUAUGGGCGAAGACCUGCCGUUAGUCCUGACUAACGACCUCAUGUGGAGUUCGAAUGUUGAAAGGCCUGCAAGGAACACCGAUCCUCCUAAGACGACGUCCAGUCUAGCGCAGUUGCUUAGUUCUGGAGUAAACAACAAACGUCCGAUCAGGAGUAACGACCAUGGUGGAACCAUUAUACAGAACAACACGUCUGCGACGACAGGAAGUAGUUUUAAUGAUUACUAUGACAAAGGUCAGGUCAACUGGGAUUUGUCGAAGGUAGUAGCAUCCACAGGUAUGCAAUCCCAUAAGCGCUUGAACUCGACAAGCUUUGAGUCAACCUCGAACAAGAGGACGAAGUGCGAACCGAAAUCGGGCAUGACUUCGGAGCUGCUGCAGCAGUUGAUGUCUAAUAACACGCAUAGUGGGAACCGUUCCAGGGUAGCAUCCAAGGGCAAGAGCAACUGGUUGCUUGAUUCCGGCGGUCCUAAGGCUGCCUGUGUCUCUCAGCCUAGCGAAAGUGUUCUCAUGAACCUCCUGGAAAUGUCGUCUAGUCCGCAAAACUUGAAGGCUGACCGAUUGAUAAGCGACAGGGAAUUGGAGGAUUUUCUGAGGGCGCAACAGCUAAAGUUGGCAGCGAGAAUAGGAGAGCCUCAAAGAAGCGACGGGGGCGGAAAGAGGAUUCUGCGUCGGGGCAUCUCAUUGUUGAGCACGGACGGGAUUCCGUCCCUCUUUGACCUGACCCAACAGGAUUACGAGGUUAACGCCCCGGUAAACAACUUCCUGCUACAAGGUGACGACCUCCUGCAGGCAUUAGAUGCAACCGGUAACAUUUAGCUGGUGUAGAAGCCGCUCGAAGAGGCGGCCGUGCUUUGAAUCUUUACGGUUUGUCCCUUCGCUACGGUAGUGUUAAACACUUAGCAUUAGGAGUUUGCGUUUAUUUUAAUUGUUUUUUUUUUAUAAAAAGAGUUUAUAUAUACAAAAUGAAAGAGAUAAAUGAAAAAUUAUAUAUAUUAUAUACAAGCUAAAAGAUGGAAAAUCAGAAGCAUUUCAUAGAAAAAAAAUCGAAAACAAAUAUAAAUGUAUGAUGUAAUCAAGGAUGAAAGAAAUUCCUUCCUUUGAUACGACCGUGGGUGAUACUAGUAGGUAGUAAGCAAUAAGUAAGAGUGGUGGUGUGGAUAAUUUGGAGUGUUUAAUCAACAAAAAAAAAACGAACAAGAGGGUAUUUCUGACUGAAAGAGGAAGGCGAAGGGGCAAGGAUUGCAAUAUAUACGAAACCGUUUAACAAACGUAUUUUCAGUUUUCACUUUGAACCGAUACUCUUUCUAAUUUCACAAUUCGCAAUCUUUCAUUAUCAUUUUAACGUUUAUUUUUACUGCCAUAAACUUAUUUUUAUUAUUAUUAUUAUUACCAUAGCUGUAAAUACAUUAGUUACUUGAUAAUUAUUAAGUGUUCUUAUAUUUUGUUUUUUUUUUUGCUUGUUUCCGUAUUAUUAAUCAAUCACUAUUCUUGAGAGAGAGGUUCUAGUAAAUAAUAAAUAGUCAGCAAUGUGUGUUUCGUUUAUUUCACCAUUCAACACCACCGGAAGAUGAAAUCCAUGUGUUUUUAUUAUUAUUGUUAUAUGUGUUCGUGUCGAGAGGAUUCAAAAAUCUUCAUCACAUUUUAGAUCUGUUAAUUAUCAUUACUAUUAAUUUAAUUUUGUAGUAAUUCUAGAUCAUGUCUCUGAAUGGAAAGCAACAAUAUUGUUUUAUUUUAUUUUUUAUUCGAAGUGUAAUUUUAUACGUUUUUACCUACCAAUUUUUUGUUGUUACUGUAGUACAAAGUAUUGUAGUGCGUAGUACAUUUUUUUUUUCACAAAAGAUGAUAUUUUGAUACUAAUUUUGUCUAUGUAGGCGGUAAUGUCAUGCAAAAUCAUAGAAGCUAUAUUUACUUGAAACAUAUACACUAUAAUACUUAUACAUAUAUAAAUAUAUAUAAUUAUAUACACUAUUAUGUUAACGAAAGAUCAUUUUCUC